AUGGGUAGAACACGUAAGACAUCCGGUGGAGCAGAUAAGAAGAAUGAAAACAACGGUACAUUGAGCGAAAGUUUGACAUCAACGCCGGUGCCAAGUGCUAACACCAUAUUAUCCACUAAUAAAUCAACCAAUAUAACCGAACAGGACAUAUUGUCAGCACAGAAUAAUAAUGAUUUAAUGAAAAUAAUCCAUACCUUAACCAACACAAAGCAAGAUGAAAUAUUCACGAACUACAAGAAGAAAUCAGAGGUUCAGUUACAACAAAAGAAUCAGUUAAUCAAUGACAUGCAACAAGAAUUGAAUAAUAAGCAGAAGAUAAUUGACAAGUUGCUAGAAGAAAAACCAGAUAACGGUCUGUUACAAACUCCUAUGAAGAAGGCUAGAAGCGAGCCACCAAACAUGUAUGUGUCGCCUAUCAGAAGGAAGAAAACAGCUAAGCAGGAACAAGAAGUGAUAAACCAAGAUCAAUUAUCGAAGGAAUUAGAGACAAUAGGCAUAACGUUAGACAUGUUGGAGUUAUUGACUGGAUUAAGAAUAAUUAACUACGAGGAAGAUGAUGCAAAGUUUCAUUUCGAUCUCAAGCAAACGUCAACGAAUGGGAGUGGAACUGAGUUGACCAUUGAUUACAGAUUAAUUAUUUCCAAAGAAUUUACAUCGACCGCAGAAAUCAAUUACGUACCUACAUUUUUGAACGAAUUGGAGGAUAAUGAUAGCGAGUCCGAUGACAUAGAUGUGGAUGACGAAACCAUGGACUCCAAACGCAAUGCAAAAAUGCUAUUGGACUUAUUGCCAGAUUACUUCUGUGACAACCUAACAUUUCCCUACAAUACACUUUCCCAGUUCUACACCAAAAUGAACCGUGCCUUGAACAAGGGAGCCAAAAGUUAA